AUGAGGCUCCUGCCGCUCUUUUACGCUUUGGCACUUUGCCUCCUCGUGGCCGUGCUUCCAAGCGCACUGGCUCAGAGCGACGACACUCCGUAAGUCCAGCUGCUGUCCAUCCACCUGCAGUGAGGCACUUGACUCGCGUAGCCGAUGCUCAUGUCGCUCGAACUUGCGCUCAAUCCUAUUCCAGCGAGCUCAAUGUGAUCACGGUCUUCCCCAACAACCCGUUCAACAUCGCCAAAAACGGACAGGCAAAUAGAGGUGCGUGGAUGCUCGCUCUGGCCAGAUGGGGUCCAGCCCACUGACUACACCUUUCGCCUACGCAGUCGUCUUCAACGUCGGUACAAGAGAGGACAGGGCUCUCAAGCUGGAGGGCAUCACGGGUGCAUUCCUAAACACAAAGAAGAAGACAGAGGGUCAAAAAGGCUACGUACUGCGAAACGUGAGUGGCCCUUAGAACCACACCGAAUGCAUCCGCAUGACCUCCACAAGCUCAUAUUUCAACACCUUCCAAUGCACAGCUCACCAUCACGCCGAUCAAGCAUCUGCCUGUCACCACGGGUCUAGGCAAGCCGCUGCAAGUGCCUUUUGACUUUUCGCCAGAAUUCAAGCCCCAAGACCUGGGUAUCGAGUUCAGAUUAAUCGUUCGUGAUGAAGUGAGUGGUGAAACAUUCCAUGGUAUCCCUCGAGCAGGCCGCAGCACCGUGGAUGCUGACCAAGCCUACCACCUGCUCUCUCUUCCCCUCUCGAUUGCAGCAAACGGGCAAGAAGCACAAUGUUCGGGUCUACACUGGAAACAUUACGGUUGUUGAGCCGGAGCGUGUUUGGGAUCUGCAGCUGUGAGUGACGGAGCGGGAAAUGACAGACAUACGGUCAUCGCUCAAAAUUGCGUCGCUCCUCUUGCAGCAUCUCCGUGUACUUCUUCUUGGGCGCAGUGGUCCUCACAGUGAUCUACUGGGCGUCCAAGAGCUACCCAGGCUCGCGUUCUUUGAGCAAAAGACAGAAGCGGAGCGCAGAGACGAGAAAGGCGGCUGCUAAGAGCGGAAGCGGUUCGAGCUCUGCCACCGCUGCUGCAUUCGGCAAGAGCUCCGUUAACAGCGCGGUGGACGACGAGUGGAUCCCUGAGGCGCACAGGCGGAGGGCUCAGAACGCGGCGGCCGCUUCGAGCGGGGACGAGGGCAGGCCAGCCCUCAAGCCUAGGAGGUCGGGACGUAAGAAUUGA